ACUGGCUCGCAACGACGCUGCUGAAGAACUGCAAAAAUUAUUAUUUAUUUACUUCGCGCGAAACAACGUAAAUUCCGCUGCAUAGAAGAGCCCUAAAGUGAUUGAAAAGUUAUAAAGUUAUUGUUCAUUGUGCUGCACGACUUAGCAGCAGCAAAAAGAGCUCAUCGGUGUUUCUUUGUCGAAUUAGUGUGCGUGCCUUAGUGUUGUACCGUGUGCUAGUGUUGGUGUGUCGCCUGCGAAAAAUCGAAGUUAUUGCAUUGCGCAGCCCUUAAAAACCGCUGCCACUGGCCAGCUGUCCGCCCACACAGUACCGCGCCACUCCCCCCGCUGCAUAGCGGUACUAAGAUCCCCAUUCUGAUGAAUGUUAGUUGAGACAUCUGCUUGCGAUUGUGACCACUGAGACGUUUUUGCUGCUCAGACCAAUACGAGUAGCACUCGGAGUACCACACCAUGGCCGAAGAUACCGAGUACAAGAAGCUGCCGGUGGAGGAACGGUGUGUCCAUAAACUAUGGAAGGCCCGCGUUGAUGGCUACGAGGAGGCAGCCAAGCUUUUUCGCGAAUUGGACGACGAGAAGUCGCCAGAAUGGUCGAAGUUCGCUAGCCUCAUCAAGAAAAUGGUGGUAGACUCAAAUGCCCUAGCCCAAGAGAAGGGUCUGGAGGCGGCCCUAAUUUUUGUGGAGAACAGCGGGCUAGCCGGACGAACAGUGGGUGAUGUGAUGACUGGCAUCGUCCAGAAGUGCAUAGCGGCGCCAAAGACAAAGACCAAGGAGCUCUCCGUCCAGGUGGCUCUAAUGUAUGUAGAGAUAGAGAAGCAAGACUCCGUGGUCGAGGAGCUCGUUAAGGGCAUGGAAGCCAAGAAUCCCAAAAUUGUGUCCGCUUGUGUGGCAGCCACCACACUGGCUCUUCGCGAAUUUGGACAUAAGGUGAUCGGUGUCAAGCCGUUGAUUAAGAAGUUGGCCCCGCUGAUGUCAGAUCGUGAUAAGGCGGUCCGCGAUGAAGGAAAGCAGCUGGCUAUAGAGAUCUACCGCUGGAUCGGAGCCGCCAUGAAGGCGCAGAUCUCGACGUUGCCACAGGUAACGCUCAAGGAGCUAGAGGAUGAGUUCGACAAGCUCAAAGGCGAACGUGUGGAACCCUCCAGAUAUCUAAAGUCCCAGCAAGAAAAGCAAGCCAAGAUUGCGGAUGCAGCAGCUACCGAGGAUGCCUAUAAUGAAGAGGAUGGCGAGGCUGGCGUAGAGGAAAUCGAUCCCAUGGAUCUCCUCGAUCCAGUUGACAUACUUUCCAAAAUGCCUAAGGAUUUUUACGACAAGCUGGAGGAAAAAAAAUGGACUUUGCGUAAGGAAUCGCUAGAGGUCUUGGAAAAGCUGCUCACCGAUCACCCGAAGUUGGAGAAUGGCGAAUACGGAGCACUAGUAAGCGCUCUUAAAAAGGUUAUUACCAAGGACUCUAACGUCGUACUCGUAGCCAUGGCCGGAAAAUGUCUGGCCUUAUUGGCCAAAGGUUUGGCCAAGCGUUUCUCCAACUACGCCUCGGCUUGUGUCCCAUCCCUGUUGGAGAAAUUCAAAGAAAAGAAACCUAAUGUGGUGACAGCAUUGCGCGAGGCCAUCGAUGCCAUCUAUGGUUCCACUUCCCUGGAGGCCCAACAAGAGUCCAUUGUGGAGUCCCUUGCCAACAAGAAUCCAAGUGUUAAGUCCGAAACGGCGUUGUUUCUGGCACGUGCUCUGACUCGCACCCAGCCAGCCGCGCUAAACAAGAAGCUGCUCAAGUUAAUGACCACCAGUCUAGUAAAGACUCUGAAUGAACCAGAUCCCACUGUUCGCGACAGCAGCGCUGAAGCUCUGGGUACUUUAAUGAAACUAAUGGGCGAGAAAGCUGUUACUCCACUGCUAGCUGAUGUCGACCCACUCAAGAUGGCUAAGAUCAAAGAGUGCCAUGACAAGGCGGAGAUUAAAAUAAAAGUAGCAGGUCCAAAGAAGGAGGCCAGACCUGCAUCAGCACCGGCUUCGAAAGCAGCUGCUCCUGCCAAGCCCACUGGGGGAAGUGUAGAUCCCAAACCCGUGACCCGGCCCGCGACCACAGGAGCUCGCAAAGUGCUGAAAAAACCCGCAGCUGGUUCUAGUGCAGGUGCUGCGUCUGCACCAGCUGCAACAUCUAAAGCGGCAGGAAAAGCCCUUGCAACGGAACGCGAAUUGACGCCCGAGGACUUGCAGGAAAAGUCCGAGGAAAUUCUUCCUGCCGACAUACUUAACGGGUUGGUGGAUUCCAACUGGAAGAACCGCCUUGCUGCUGUGGAGCAGCUUCUCGGCGAAAUCACUGGCUUUGAUUCAAAACAGGCGGGCAUAUCACAGAUUCUGAUCCGAACGAUUAGCGGUCGUAAACCCGGCCUUAAAGAAAUGAAUUUUCAGGUACUUAAAUUUAAGCUGGACAUAAUCCGCAGUGUGGCCGAGAACUAUCCGCUGACUACGACAACCGUAGACCUCGUGAUUAACGAAAUAACCGAGAAGCUGGCUGAUGCCAAAAAUGGAUCAGCAGCUGCCGAUGUCCUGUCCGCCUUUGCGGAAGCUACUAAACUAGAGUAUAUAGUUGGAAAAGUGCUAAGCUUUGCCUUCGAGCAGAAGUCGCCUAAAGUGCAAUCUGAGGCAUUUAACUGGGUGGCAAAAUCCAUCACAGAGUUUGGUUUCCAACUCCAGCCCAAAACACUUAUUGAGGAUGUGCGAAAGGGCGUUCAGAGCACUAAUCCAACAGUUCGUUCUGCAGCCAUUCAACUCGUGGGCACCAUGUCUAUGUAUAUGGGCAAUGCCCUUAUGAUGUUCUUUGACAGUGAGAAGCCUGCCCUAAAGUCCCAGAUUCAAGUGGAGUUCGAUAAAAAUGUGGGCGAAAAACCGCCCAAGCCAGUCAGGGGAGUUCAGCGCAGCACCGGUGGAGCCAGUAAUUCCCCGGAUAAUGAGGACGACGAUGGAGGUGCAGGCGGAGAAGAGGAGCCCAUUAACAUGGCGGAUCUUCUGCCUCGCGUUGACAUUGCCCCACAGAUUACGGAGGCACUGCUGAAGGAGAUGUCCGAUAAGGACUGGAAGACCCGCAAUGAGGGACUGACUAAGCUGCAGGCUAUCAUUUCGGAGGCUAGGCUAAUCAAACCCAGCAUCGGGGACCUAGCCCCUGCUCUGGCGCAUCGCCUAGUAGAUUCCAAUGCAAAGAUUGCGCAGACGACACUUGCCAUAUGCGAACAGCUUGCUACGGCCAUGGGCGCUGGUUGCCGCAACUAUGUGCGUACACUGUUCCCUGGGUUUUUACACGCCUUAGGAGAUAAUAAGAGUUUCGUGAGGGCCGCGGCCCUUAACUGCAUCAACAGUUUUGGCGAGAAAGGUGGCUACAAGGAGUUUUUUGAGAACGAAAUGAUAGCAGAUGCUCUUAAGGGAGGAUCACCCGCUUUGAAGACCGAGCUGUGGGCUUGGCUGGCGGACAAAUUGCCAGGCCUUCCCCCCAAGUCGGUGUCGAAGGAGGACCUCCAUUCAAUGGUGCCGCACUUAUACGCUCACAUUUGUGAUCGUAAUGCCGAUGUGCGAAAGAACGCCAAUGAAGCGGUGCUCGGCAUUAUGAUCCAUCUCGGAUUUGACGCUUUGAAUCGAGCUUUGGACAAGCAGAAGCCUGCCUCCAAGAAGGACAUAUAUGCCGCACUGGAGAAGGCACGUCCUAAUCUCCCAGUGAAACCGUUGCCCAAGGGCAAACAGCAGGCCCCAAUACCCGAGGAGUCGAAGGCAAAGACAGUACGCGGUGGCGGGGCCGGCGGAGCGACUGGAAUCCAGAAGAGUGCCUCUUCUAGAGCCGCCGGGGGGCAAGACAAACUUCCGGCACCUACGCGUAAGAAGGAUGAGGAUAUCGACACAUCGCCACUUCUGACCGCCAACAACUCUAAGAACCAGAGACUGCUGGACGAGCAAAAAAUGAAAGUACUCAAGUGGACAUUCGUGACGCCGAGAGAGGAAUUUACCGAGCUUUUACGCGACCAGAUGAUCACGGCCAAUGUAAAUAAAGCGCUGAUAGCCAACAUGUUCCACGACGAUUUUCGCUAUCACUUGAAAGUCAUUGAGCAGUUGAGCGAAGAUCUGGCUGGCAACAGCAAGGCGCUAGUGUGCAAUCUGGACCUAAUACUUAAGUGGCUUACUUUGCGCUUCUACGAUACGAACCCUUCUGUUUUGAUUAAGGGUCUCGAAUAUCUUGUGCAGGUUUUCCAGAUGCUCAUUGACCAGGAAUACAUUUUGGCUGAGAAUGAAGGCAGCUGCUUCGUGCCACAUCUGCUCUUGAAGAUCGGAGAUCCAAAGGAUGCUGUCCGGAAUGGAGUACGCCGCGUGUUGCGGCAAGUUAUAUUGGUCUUCCCCUUUGUUAAGGUGUUUGCCUAUGUGAUGGAAGGUUUGAAAUCGAAGAAUGCCCGCCAGCGUACCGAGUGCCUGGACGAGUUAUCCUUCUUAAUCGAGACCUACGGCAUGAACAUUUGUCCCCAGGCAUCGGUACGGGAGAUUGCUCGCCAAAUCUCCGACCGCGAUAAUUCCGUGCGCAACGCAGCACUGAACUGCAUCGUCCAGGUGUUCUUCUUGUCUGGUGAAAAGACCUACAAGAUGAUUGGCCAUCUUAACGAGAAGGAUCUCUCAAUGCUGGACGAGCGCAUCAAGCGGGCAAAGAAGACAAAGAGGCCAACGCCUCCGGCAUCUGUCGAUAUGCCUGCCAGCGGCAGGCCAGCAGCAGUUCAGCGACACGACAGCAUCGAGAUCGAAGAUGCAGAGGUGGGCAAUGGCUGCGAUGAACUGCCGCCACCGGAUGAAGAGGGUUCGCAGCGGGCGUUAAAUGCACGUGGGCAGAACAACUUGACGGAGCGGAGUGCCACCAAUGUGGCUGCCUACUUGAACUCCCUGACUCGACAGGCUACUUUUGAUCAGGCUCCUUCGUCACAGCUGCAACUUCUCCAGCAGCAACUGCAACAGCUCCAGCAGCAGGCCCAACAACAGAAGCCCAGCGGUCCAUUUGGCUUGGACUCGCAGGUAAUAAGCGAGAUCGAAAAAGACUGGGUCCGCGUGGACCAAAUGGAACAGAAACCGCUGCUGAACGUAAGCAUCUCAUCCCUGGACGAGCCCAUUAAGGUGAGGCCCACUAGGGCCGGUAUUCACUACCCGCAGGAGAAGUUCGAUCGUCUGAUUUCAAGGCAGCACUACAUGCAGCAGACUCUGACCACUUCUCCGUCUUCAACCGGCGGAAUAACCAGUGGAAUCUCUCCCUAUCGCAGCCCCAUGCGGAUGCAGCUACAGCAGCCGCCCCAGCAACUGGAGAACAAUAUUCCAAACCUGGCUGAUGUUCUGCCCAAACAUGAUCCACAGCUGGUCAAGGUGAUUAAGGGUGUGAGUAGCACGGAUACCUUGAAGGCACGCGCGGCUAUAAACGAGUUAGCCGCCAUCAUUGAGGCACCGGAGAAGCAGGCAGUUCUGCGCGACUACGAGGAAAUAUUUAUACAGAAUGUGCUGGCGCAGUUUAAGAAUCUCUCACAGAUACCAUCGGCUCAGUCUGUUGUUGUAUAUCAGCCUCUACUAUCUAUUCUGUAUACAUUUUUCCAUGCCAACAUUCUGGGCAAAACGCUAAGCGUGGCCUGCAUCAAGAACCUCAUGUCGGCACUGCUAAACCUGAUGGCCGAUCCCAAGUUGGCCGUAGGCGAUGACAGUCAAUAUAACAAGGUUAUAAAUGGUAUCUGCCUUAAAGUGUUAGACAAGGUUGAUUUCACGAAUUUAAAUUGUGCUUUGAUUCGUCUUUUGCGCGAGACUUGUCCGGAGGCCAAGCUUCCCAAGUUCACAGAUCUGCUGAUGAAGUGCAUCUGGCGCAACGUAAAGAUGUUGCCAGAGCGUAGCAACGAACUGAACUACGAUGCCGUCAUUCUGGAAGUACACGAGUUUAUGCUCGCCCUGCCAAGCACCUGGUGGCAGAACCGACCGUCUGACACUCCAAUGCGCACUAUUAAGACUAUUUUGCACAACAUGGCAAAGGUAAAGGGAAAUGCCAUUCUCCAACACCUCAACCAGAUACCCACACACUCGGAGUUACACACGUACUUGAUACGCAUCCUUAAGAAUUUCCAGAAGGAUGGCUCUGCGGCCGGAAUUGGUGCCUCCCCACAGAGAGCCAAAGAAAUUGCCUCCAAGCGUAUUUCGCACCAAACUCAUGAUACAGUAUCACAGAUCUUUAAGCUAAUCUCAGAUAGAGAUACCAAACAGCAAGGACUCCAGAAACUUUACGACUUUAAGCAACAAAAUCCUGAUAUUGAUCUAAGUACCUUCUUGCAAGGCUCUAGUGCCACUUUCCACAAGUACAUCGAGGAGGGUCUGGCUGAGAUCGAACGCAAUCAGAAUGCCGGCUCUACUCAGGCACCAGAUAAUCGUACUGCAGCUACUCGUUCUUAUCUCACAGAUGUCAACUACCAGAACACCGGACACGAUGCCGAUUUCUGGAUGGACCGCUUGCAGUAUCAUCUUUCCGGAGGUGGCGUGGCCGGUAAGCUAGCUUCCGCCCGUUCAGCAGACGAAGGUUCAAAUAUGCUGGACAAUAAGGUGGCUGACGAGAAUCUCUGCUUGAACGGAAUGAACGCACAGAAGGCGUCGCUCAUUAAACGGGAUAAGCGGGAUAUGUCACCCAAUCGGUUGCAACAUCUCCAGGCAAAAUUGGCCCAAAUCAAGAAGGAAAAUCAUGCCCAAUAAGCUGUGCGCUUCCUGUAGCUGGAAAUCUUUAGCUAUAAACAGCAGCAGCUAUAUAUAUAAAUACAGCAAAAGAGAAGACACACUCAAAACACACUGAACGAGCCAGUCCUCGUAAACUACAUGAAUCAUUUAUUAUUUAACAUAGUUGUAUGCUUACGAAUCGGCACAUAUAUAUAUUCACGAUAAUAAUGUGUAGUAACAGGAGCAGCAGUGAGUGUCGGAAGAAGGUUAACAACAGUAACAAUAAUUAACAGUUCACACUAUUACUAUGUCUCCUCCAACUAUGUAUUGUACUUUGUCUAAUAACAAUUGAUCGGUCUAUGUAUUAGCACUGAGUUGUGUUUCGUAUGCGAUUCAAUUAGAUUCGAUUGGCUAAGUUGAGAUUAAAGUGGCGACUGUGACUGAGACCAGGUUCCAUUAGACAGCUUGUUAAUUUAUGCCUACGCUAUUUUGUUUAAAUUAUCAGUGAAAGCAGUAGCAUGUUAAAGGUUUGUGUACACUUCAAAGGUCAUUGUUUCACAUAACGCGCCCACUAGGAUCGGUUCUUGUUAUUAUUAUGUCUGGUUAUGUUUUCAACACUCAACACGCCUCAAAUUGUUUCAAGCCAAGCGUUGGGCUCAGUGCGCGCUAAAAACUCUAAUUUAUACUCGUAUUAGCUAACAGUAGUUUUUACCAAAUAGCAGUUACCCCUAACCAUUGUUUAAUUUAAGACCUACUCAGUUUUAUCCGCACACACACACAUACACAUAUUGAUUUCGAUGCCACAAGCACGCAGUACACGCAGGAUAACACACACAGUAGACACGCAGCGUAUUUUUGUAACAUCCUCAUGAACUAUAUGCGAAAAUAAAUGUUAUAUUUAUAAAUCAA